GCAAAGACUUGGGUGUUCAAUUUAGCGCCAUGUUAAUAAUGAAUGUCACAAGUCAACUUAAUAUACCUUGUGUCAUCUCCCACAUUACUUAGCUUGACCUUUGCGACAUUCUUUUCAAUAAACUGCCGAGGAUGGCAGACGGAUGUAACGUUGUAGUGUGAAGUUUAGCUUACGUAGCUAACGGUAAUUUAACAUGCUAACGUUAGCUACAGAGGCCGAUCCAUGGACUUAGGUUACCUCAACGCAACGGUUAUGUAAAAAUCAAAUAUUCAGAUUGAACUAGUAUGGAUGUUGAUGACUGCAAUGGCCCGUCUUGCAUAUCAGCUAGUGGAGACUCUUCAAUGGAAAGAGAGUUUUCUGGGGCUCUUGGAAGAGCAACAGUGAGCACCCCAAACAGCAAGGAUACCUCCCCUAGUCGCUCACUCAGUGCCAACUCCAUUAAAGUUGAGCUGUACAGCGAUGAAGACCCAGGUCGCAGUACUGAAGAUGAAAGAGGGGAACGGCUAGAAGAAGGGGGUCCUGAGCUGACAUCUGAGGCUGUUGGAGGCUACAGGGAGCUCACCAAUCCUGAAUCCAUGCAAGCUGGAGCCACCAGACUGCCAAAUGGAAAGCUCAAAUGUGACAUUUGUGGAAUGAUCUGCAUUGGACCUAAUGUUCUCAUGGUGCACAAACGCAGCCAUACAGGUGAGCGACCAUUCCAGUGUAAUCAGUGUGGCGCCUCGUUCACUCAAAAGGGUAACCUGCUCCGCCACAUCAAGCUGCACUCAGGGGAGAAGCCCUUUAAAUGCCCCUUCUGCAGCUAUGCCUGUAGAAGAAGAGACGCGCUCACUGGCCACCUUCGCACUCAUGCCGUAUCCUCUCCAACUGUAGGGAAGCCUUAUAAGUGCAGUUAUUGUGGCCGCAGCUACAAGCAGCAGAGCACCCUGGAAGAGCACCGCGAGCGCUGCCACAGCUACUUACAGAGUCUGGAGUCACAGCAGCCCUCCAGCGCUCAUAAUACAGGAGAGGAGAUGAGAGAGCUAGAGUUUAUACCAGACUCUCUACUGCAAUCCUCCUCAGACAAGAUGGCAUUUAUCGAUCGUCUUGCCAACAGCAUCACCAAACGCAAGAGAUCCACACCUCAAAAAUUUGUAGGACAGAAGCUCAUACGCCUCAACCUUGCAGAUGCACCUUAUGAGCUCGGCGGUGGUUUGGAUAAAGACGGGGAGAUGCAGGCAGAGGACUACGAAACCAGACACUUUACUCAUCUGGGAGGAGAAUACGCAGGUGAAGGUAAUGGAGGAGGGGGGGUGUCAGAAACAAUGAAGCCUCUACACCUUCCCAGCACUCACCCCUCAUGUUUAACAGAACUCAGGCCACUCCGCAGCUCAGUCGCUCUGGGCCCCAGGCUAGAUUGCACCGGGACUGGAGCCCAGCUGGGUGCUGCGGGUGUCGGGGGGAGGGAGGCAGCAGAGGGUCACGAAGACCUGCCUGCGGGUCGAAGUCAUGCAGCCUCACCUAGCAAUGGUUGCCAUGACUCUACAGACACAGAGAGCAUGCCAGACGAGCCCUGCAACAGUACCGCUCCGGCCCUGCACAGCAACAACGGCCACCAUCUCCACCACCCCCAAAACCACCACCCAGCCACUCCUCUGGCUGCACAUCACAGGAGCCGGGACAGUCCCAGCCACGCCAAAGACAGGGAGGUGGAAAGGGAGGAGGGAGGUCACCCACCCCUCCCACCUCCCGCCCUCGCUCCAACCCCAAGUUCACCCAUGGCACCCUCCUCCACCUCUAGGGAGGCUUUUCGAGUCGUAGACGGGGAGGGGCGAGCCGUGCGCUCUUUUCGUUGCAGGCACUGCCGUGUGCUUUUCCUGGACCAUGUCAUGUUUACCAUCCACAUGGGCUGCCACGGUUUUCGGCAGCCUUUCGAGUGUAACAUCUGUGGACACCGCAGCCAGGAUCGCUAUGAAUUUUCUUCACACAUCGUCCGAGGGGAGCACAUUCUGGACUGAGGACAUAGGAUGGUCAGCCUGCUUUAUCUAGAGCUAUUUUUACACUGAGAGAAGGACCUGGCUGGGUUUGGUCUGCACACCAGUGAAAUAAGACGCGAAAUACAUUAAACUGAUACAAACGCAUGUUCCAGCAUUAAUGGUCAGCUCAUAUGUGUGUUUUCUAAAACUAUUAGCGUGGUCCUUUGUACUUUAAAUGCACUUUGAUCAAUAAUCAAUUAAAGAAGCACUUUUAAUUCCUUGUAGAUAAUGAGACAAUGCACUUUUUCAUCCAUUGAUGUGCCUUGCUCCAAAAUUCAGGAUUCAAACCUGAUGCACAAAUUACAGUAGACAAAUCUGGCUUUUGUUCAUAACCUGAAAACAGUCCCUUCUUGUGCACUUUAACAGCACACCUACAAAACCUUACAAAAUAAUCUGUAGAAAUGUUAAUGCCUUGUACUAAAAGCACUUAUUUAAUGAAAUGAUUCCCUUACAAAUGUUAAGUUCUACACAGAUUUUUUCCAACUUGGGGUUGACUCUGUAAAUGCUUUUAAAAAAUAUAAUAAAGUGCAGACCAAACUCAAAAACCAGGUCCAUGUCGAAUAGACGAUUUUGAGGGGUUGUCCGUGAAUUAGAAAUGCACAUUUGUUUUUAACUGUGUGUGUGUGUGUGUGUGUGUGUGUGUGUGUGUGUGUGUGUGUGUGUGUGUGUGUGUGUGUGUGUGUGUGUGUGUGUGUGUGU